AAACUGAAGCGCUCGCUGUCGUUCAUGCGCAGUAAGAGCGUCGAGAAUUUUUUCCAACGCUCCUACAGCGACGCCCGCCUCCCCCCGGAGUUCAUUACGGAGCCCGAUCCGCCUUCGUCGCCCUCGCCGCCCCCGCUGGAACUGAUGCCGACGGGCUCGCCCGUUGUGGGCUCGUCGCGGGCCUCGCCGUCGCUCUCGCCGUCAGUCAGCCCCAACCCAUCCAUCGCCUCCCGCUCGCCCUCGCUCAGACUGUCGCCGUCGUUGACCCCUAAGCCCCCUCAGAUCAUGCACUGCUUCCACAAUCACGUCUUUCGCAAGCCUACCAGCUGCCAGCUCUGCAAGAACAUGAUCCUCGGAAACUCCAAACAAGCUUUGCGGUGUAAAACGUGCAAGCUGGCGGCUCACCUGUGGUGCACUUCGGAACUCUCGCAGCAGCCAUGUCACGGGAAGUCGGGCGCCUUCAAGCGAAACUUCAGCUCGCCGAUGCUCGUCACUGAACAACUGUCCGUCGUCAAGGAAGUCCAGCCCAGUCAAGAAGCGGGGCGGGCACGCAUGGACCCGGUGUACGCCGCCUUGCGCUACGGGACGUCUCUAGCGCAGAUGAGCCGCUCCAGUUUCGGCAGCAUGUCCGAGUCGCCUACGCGCAGUUUGGGUGAGGCGGGUGAGGAGAGGCAGGAGAGACAGUGCAGCAUGGAGGAAGACAUCCCCCAGGAGACAGGCGACUCCGUCGCUACUGACAUUGAGAUGGAGAAGGACGACGACGAGACUGCGAGUCAAACCGAGAUGCCUGUUGAGGCGCCCGCCAAACGCAUCGAGGUGCACUCCAUGCACACUUAUGUGGCGCUCUACAGCUUUCUGCCUCAGGAGCACAACGACCUGGAACUCCACCCCGGUGAUCGGGUGCAAGUCACAGACGACUCCAACGAGGAGUGGUGGAAGGGCAAGAGCGGAGACAAGGUCGGCUUUUUCCCGGCCAACUUUGUGCAGCGAGUGCGUCCCGGCGAGAGAGUGUGGCGCGUCAUUCAGGGAACAUCCGCCGGCAGUCGGGAAAGAGGACACAUGGUAGUCAAGGAGGCGCAGAUCUGCGUGGGCAAGCGUGAGGACGGCGAAACCUUGGUGAAGCUGAGCAGCGGCAAGAAGCGAGGCCUGGUCCCCGCUUUCUCCAUCGAGGAGAUCUGAGCUUCACCGGUAUCGUCAACACCUCCUUUUGGCUUUUUCCAUCUUCUUCUUUCUGCACCGAUGACGUGGACCGUAAAAAAAAAAAAACGCUUUGCCAAGUCUCUUCACUGUAAGUCUCAAAGGAUAACAAAAUGGACUCUUGUUUGUUUACACUGGGGUGACACGCUUCCUUCUUCCUACACGCUUUGCUGUGUUCCAUCAAACGCAUGAAAAAAAAUGUCAAAGCUGGAGAGGGCAGAUACGAAAGAUUUCUUUUUUUUUUUUAAAUCACAGUUUUACAUUGGACCAACACAGGCCGAAACCUUUCCUUGUGCGCUACACUCUGCUCAGUUAGGUCACAACACUUAAUUAAUGUGACGUCUAAUGAACGCCCCACCACAAGAAAAAAAGAAAUCCCAUUAAAAAGUGGAGGUAUAGAUAGAUUUGUGUGAAAGUUGUUCAAGCAAAAAAAGCCAUUUUAGUCUCAUUUCCAUACAAAGGAUGUAGAGACCGUAGACGUUUGUAUGAGCUGAAGAAAAUGAGUGUGUGCGCUGAAGCGUACGCUCAGACGGUGUCUGCACGGACCCUCUGAGUCAUCACCGAUCCAAAGUCACCUACUGCUCGGCUUCCCAUCGUCUGGCUUUCAUGCGGGAACAUUCGCCGGUCCCUUAUAAAGGACACCUCGCUUCCGUCCCUGCGUGAGGCCGGCGUGGAAUCAAAGACGGAAGCCUUUCAUCCUAGGCGGAGCUUAGCUAGCUUCUUCCCACUUUGAGAUGAUAAGUGUUGUAUUCCAUUGAACAGUCAAUACACGAACGUAACUGGAUUCGGUCCACAUGUUAAGCUUGUAAACAUCAAUGUUUUGUCAUUUAUUGUCUUUUGAAAAUUU